AUGUACCCUGUGUGUGUGUGUGUGUGUGUGUUUGUGUUUAACUUGUGCGUGGUGUCUGCAGGCGAGUGGAGCGACGCCCUCUAUCCUCUCCUCACCACACUCACAGACUGCGUCUCUCUGAUGAGCGACAAAGCCAAGAAGGCCAUGGUGUUUCUACUGAUGCAGGACAGCGCCCCCACCAUCGCCAUGAGUCUCACCAUGCAGUACCGCCGCGACGUCGUCUUCUGCCAGACGCUGACGGCUCUGAUCUGUGGCUUCAUUCUCAAGCUGAGGAACUGUCUGUGUGACUCAGGCUUCCUCAGGCAGCUGCACACCAUCGGCUUACUGGUGCAGUAUGAGGGUCUGCUCAGCACCUAUGGCGAGGAGCUGGCCAUGCUGGAGGACAUGAGUGUUGGAGUGAUGGACCUGAGAAACGUCACCUUCAAAGUGACACAAGCGACUUCAGGUUUCGCCCCCGACAUGAUGCCAGUGAUCACAGGAAACAGGAACGGCUUCAACGUCAGGGUGCCGAUGCCCGGAGCGAUGUUUGACUCCCUGCCGAGAGAGAUUCAGAACGGGAUGCUGCUGCGCGUGCAGCCCAUCCUCUUCAACGUGGGGAUCAACGAACAGCAGACACUGGCUGAGAAGUUUGGAGAUACAUCACUGCAAGAGGUGAUCAACAUGGAGAGCAUGACUCGCCUCAGCUCAUACUACGACCAGUUUAAAGAAGUCCUGCCCGAAGACAGCCUCCCUCGCUCCCGCAGCACCACCAGUCUGCCUGAGAUGCUCAAGCUGCUGAGCCAGAACGUGAACGCCAAGAAAAGCAAGAACGUGGAGAUUCUGUGGCAGGCGGCCGAGGCCUGUCGCCGCCUGAACGGAGUGCGUUUCACCAGCUGUAAGAGUGCCAAGGACCGCACGGCCAUGUCUCUGACGUUAGAGCAGUGUCAGAUCCUGCAGCAGGAGCACGCCCUGGCCCCGCAGGUCUUCUACCAGGCUCUGGACUGUAUGCGCAGUGAGGGCUGCAGGAGAGAGAACACCAUGAAGAAUGUGGGAUGUCGUAAAUACGCCUUUAACUCUCUCCAGCUCAAGGCCUUCCCCAAACAAUAUCGCCCCCCAGAGGGGACGUACGGGAAGGUUGAGACCUAAGUGGACACUGAACCAAAAAGACUGAAAGGGGGGGGGGGGUAAUGCUGAUGGCACCACACAAA